AUGGCGACUCACACGACCUACCCAGCUCGUACUUAUCACAACGCAUCUUCUCCGUACGUGCUACCAAAUGAUCACAGCGCCCAAGAACAGUCUCGACUUGACAAGCAGGCGUCUGCUAUCGAGGAAAUGAUUGGGGGAAGACCUUUCCUUUUUGACCUACGACUCCUCCCGAGCUCCCCCAAGAUGCUCGAUGUAGGCUGUGGUACAGGUGUCGCGACUCUCCAACUUGCGAAACAGGUUCCGCUCUCCGAACAAGUUUACGGCAUCGAUCUGUCUUCGGUCCCGGAACCAACUAAAGCCGCAGCACCAAAGAAUGUCACUUUCAUUCAAGGUAAUUUCUUGGAUGGUGAAGAUAAGCGUGGGCUAUCCAAUGGGAGCUUUGACUACGUUUUUGGGCGCAUGCUGUUCCUGGCCAUUGACGACUGGCCCGGUUACUUCAAACGAGUGAAUGAUUUGCUUAAACCUGGAGGAAUUGUUGAGCAUCAAGACUGUUCAUGGGAAUACUAUCGACAGGGAACAUUUACAAAGUUGAGUGAUAACUGGGCAUGGCAUCGCGCAGUGUUGGAGGAGUCAGCCAUCGUAGGGUUGGAUAUUUGCGCUGCGGAUCACCUGGUGGAACGCAUGGAGGGUGCGGGUUUUGAAGUACUCAGCACACGUUGCUACGAAUUUUCAAUGGUUCCAUCGGAAAAGUCGGCCUCAAGUAUGGCUGAAAUCUAG